AUGCAAGAGCUACGUCACAGGGUCCAGAACUUGGAGCGGCAAUUGGCCGACCAGGAGCGUGACGGACGAACUACCGAUCCCAGUUACACCCCGUCCUCCGAAAGCCAAGAAAGAGACUCCUCCCGAAGCCGUCUGCGACGCACCUCCGCAUCCCGAACGGAAGCGGAGAGCACCCGGGAAGAAUCUCCGAUUUCGAGGAGACGGAAUGACACGAUAAUAUACUCUCGAGGCAGGGAGACGCGCCGCACAGCACGAGGUCGCGAAGACGGGAGGUCCAACAGGACACGACAACCCGUAAUAAUGGGCACCACCCCGUUCCACCAUUCCAUCCUCGAAAUCCGGUUGCCGAAGCACUUCGACAAACCAACGGACAUGAGGUACGAUGGAACUCAAGACCCCCUAGAACACCUCACGGCCUUUGAAGCAAGGAUGAAUCUAGAGGGAGUAGGGGACGAGGUGAGGUGCCGAGCUUUCCCGGUAACCCUCGCGGGACCUGCGAUCAGAUGGUUCAACGGCUUACCCCAGGGAUCCAUCCACGGGUUCUCAGACAUCAGUCGCGCAUUCCUCGCCCAAUUUACAACACGAAUAGCAAAGGCAAAGCACCCGAUAAACCUUCUGGGGACGGUAGCUAAAGAAUAUAUAAACGAUGAGGAAGUCAGCCGAGUCGUGGCUGCCAAUAAACGGCAGUCCGGCUACACCCAAUCUCGGCAACCCGGUAACGGAGAAAGACUGAAAGAACAAACCAGGGAGGAGGCGCCAAACAAGGAUCGCAGGUCGUUCCCCCGGGUCGGGAAAUUCGCCAACUACACACCACUCACUCUUCCCAUCAUGGAAGUUUAUCAACAAAUAGCCGAGAAGGGGAUCCUGCCGAAGCCCCGACCACUCAAGGACCGUACGGGAGGGAACAAGAACCUCUAUUGCGACUACCACAAGGGUUACGGCCACCAAACGCAGGACUGCUUUGACCUGAAAGAUGCACUGGAGCAAGCGAUAAGAGAAGGCAAGCUAGCAGCAUUCUCCCAUCUUAUCAGAGAGCCGAGGAGACGCUAUCGCGACCAUGACGAAGAAGCCAAAACCCGUUCGGCAAAGCAGCGACAAGAGCCAGAAGAUAGAGACCACGGCCUCACGGUGAUAAACGUGGUAACAGCCAAAAACACCGCGCCAAAAUCCCGAUCGGCGCACAAGAAAGAUGCUAAGGUCUUGGCGGUCUCCUCCUCGUUGGUGCGAAACUCUAAGAAGCCUCCGUCCAUUUCUUUCGGCCCGGAAGACAAAUGGUUCGACGACGCCCCGGAAAACCCUCCCAUGGACAAACCCAAGGUCGAAGGUCGAAGGUCGACGAUGGCCGAGUUCGUGAUCCUCCGAGAUUUCACCGCCUAUAACAUCAUCAUGGGAAGGAAGACGAUAAACGAUGUUGAAGCGAUAAUCAACACGAAGCUGCUAGUCAUGAAGUUCGUUACUGAUGAUGGAUCUAUAGGGUCCAUAAGAGGGGAUCUCGAGACGGCGGUCGCCUGCGACAACGCCAGCCUCUCCCUGAGAAAGAAAUCAAAGGAGGCGUCCGAUGUGUUCCUGGCCGACCUGGACGCCAGGGUGGACGACAAACCUAGACCAGAACCAGAAGGGGACCUGGAAAAAUUCAUAAUCGGCGACACGGAGGAGAAAUUCACGUUCAUCAACAAGAACCUCCCACAAGAGUUAAAGGAGCCCUUGAUCGAGAUGAUAAGGGCCAAUAGGGAUUUGUUUGCCUGGACACCUGCCGACAUGCCGGGUAUAGACCCGAAAAUCAUGGCACACCAUCUGGCCGUCAAGUCGGGAGCACGCCCGGUAACACAACGCAGAAGAAAGAUGUCGACAGAAAGGGCGGAGGAAGUGGCCAGGCAGACGGCCAGCCUCCUAGAAGCAGGUUUCAUACGAGAAGUAGACUACUCGACGUGGCUCUCAAAUGUUGUUCCAGUGAAAAAGCACAACGGCAAAUGGAGAAUGUGUGUAGACUACUCUGACCUUAACAAGGCAUGCCCAAAGGAUUGUUUCCCCCUCCCCAACAUAGACACGCUCGUCGACGCUGCGGCGGGCUACCGUUACCUGAGCUUCAUGGACGCCUACUCCGGUUAUAACCAGAUACCGAUGCACCGUCCAGAUGAAGACAAAACGGCGUUCAUAACGCCAGGGGGAACCUUCUGCUACAAGGUGAUGCCGUUCGGCCUAAAAAACGCAGGAGCGACAUACCAAAGGCUGAUGAGCAAGAUAUUCCAUGGUCUUAUAGGCAAAACGGUGGAAGUCUACGUCAACGAUGUCCUCGCGAAAACAACGCGACCAGACGACCUCUUAAAGGAUCUGGAAAACAGAGGGGUAGAAGCCAACCCGGAGAAGUGCCAGACAGUACUCCAGAUGAAGAGCCCAGGUUGUAUCAAGGAUGUCCAAAGAUUGGCGGGGCGGCUGACCUCGUUAUCCCGGUUUCUCGGAGCAUCGGCAGCAAAGGCCCUACCAUUCUUUAACCUCAUGAAGAAAGGGAUGGCGUUCGAGUGGACACCCGCAUGUGAGGAAGCCUUUCAGCACUUCAAGGAAAUCCUGGCGGCACCACCUGUACUCGGGAAGCCAAAGGACGGGGAGCCGCUAUACCUGUACCUCGCCAUAACAGGAGAAGCCCUGGCCGCGGUACUGGUGCGGGAAGAAGGGAGGGCUCAACAGCCGGUCUAUUUCAUAAGCAGAGCCCUGCAAGGGGCAGAAUUAAGAUACAGCAAACUAGAAAAGCUAGCUCUGGCGCUCUUGACCUCCUCACGAAGGUUAAAGCAAUACUUCCAAAGUCACCAGGUUGUCGUAAGAACGGACCAAGGGAUCCGGCAAGUACUUCAAAAACCCGACUUAGCGGGGAGAAUGAUGACUUGGUCCAUCGAAAUCUCCCAAUACGACAUACGGUAUGAACCCCGGCAAGCCAUCAAGGCGCAGGCGAUGGCAGAUUUUCUGGUAGAAGUAACUGGGGAACCAACCGAAGAAGCGAGCGCACGGUGGAAGCUCCACAUGGACGGAGCUUCCAACCAGACGUCUGGAGGUGCCGGGAUCAUCCUGGAAAGCCCGGUUGGAGUCGUAUACGAGCAGUCGAUCAGGUUCGAGUUCCCCAUUUCGAACAAUCAGGCGAAAUACGAAGCCCUUAUAGGGGGCUUGACCCUAGCAGCAGAAGUCGGGGUAACAAGGCUGGAAAUACGUAGCGAUUCUCAGGUCGUCACCUCCCAGGUAAACGGGAGCUACCAAGCCAAAGACUCGUUAUUACAAAAGUACUUGGAAAAAGUCAAAAGCUUAAGCCAAAAAUUUGAGGAGGUCACGGUCCACCACGUGCCUAGAGAAAGGAACACACGGGCAGACCUCCUAUCAAAGUUGGCUAGCACUAAACCGGGAGAAGGCAACCGGUCUCUCAUUCAAGGUAUGACGAGAGAGCUGGCAGUCACCUUGCACGUGACAAGACUGGGCCCUUCCUGGCUAGACCCCAUCACUAGCUUCCUGGAAAAUGGCAAACUCCCUGACGACGAAAAGAACGCGGCGAAACUGAGAAGGGAAGCAGCCAAAUACGCCGUCAUCCAAGGACAGCUAUUCAAGAAAGGGCUCAACCAGCCCCUGUUGAAGUGCUUACACCCCGACCAAACGGACUACGUCCUCAGGGAAGUCCAUGAAGGCUGCUGCGGACACCACAUAGGAGGCAAGCCCCUAGCAAGAAAAUUAAUUCGAGCCGGAUAUUAUUGGCCGUCAAUGAUGGCAGACUCCAAAGAGUUCGUCAAAAAAUGCGUGAAGUGCCAAGAGAACGCCAAUUUCCACAGGGCACCGGCCUCCGAGUUAAGCUUGUUAACGUCCUCCCGGCCAUUCUCUCAAUGGGGAGUCGACCUCUUGGGACCCUUCCCUGUCGGUCCUGGGCAGGAAAUUCUUGUGGAGGCAGGUGAUAACGCGAUUCGGGGAGAAGUCGUCAUCUCGGACAACGGCACGCAAUUUACCGACAAGAAGUUCACGGAAUUCCUCACCGGCCUGGGUAUAAAACAGAGGUUCUCCUCGGUAGAACACCCCCAGACAAACGGACAGGUGGAGUCCGCGAACAAGAUCAUCCUUUUAGGGCUGAAGAAGCGAUUGGAUAAUAAAAAGGGUGCUUGGGCCGACGAACUAGCCUCGGUACUCUGGUCUUACCGAACAACCGAACAAUCCUCCACCAAGGAGACUCCUUUCCGACUAACAUACGGGUUAGAUGCGGUAAUACCCGUAGAGAUCGGGGAACCAAGCCCCCGGCUACUUUUGAAAGGAGUGGAGGAAGCCGUGGAAAAGGACUUGAUAGACGAAGUCAGAGAGAUGGCCCAUUUGACAGAGACAGCGCUAAAGCAAAGAAUAGCCCUACGCUACAACACCAAAGUGCUCAAAAGGAAAUUUGAGCCAAACGACCUCGUCCUGAGGCGAAACGACAUCGGCCCACCGACCCCUGGAGCAGGCAAGCUGGCGGCAAACUGGGAAGGCCCCUAUAGAAUCAAAGAAGCAAUGGGUAAAGGCGCCUUCAAGUUAGAAAGGCUAAAUGGUAAGGAAGUCCCGAGAACAUGGAACGCAAACAAUCUGAGAAGGUUCUACUCCUGA